AGGUAAAAAGAAAAAAUGGAGAGAGCAUAAAUACGGUUGAAAUAAUGCCGGUCUUGGCAUUCUCUUCGAGGAGGCCAACGUGUUCUAGUCGUAUCGCGGUAACCAUAUCGGACAAAACAAAAAAAGAAGCAGAAGAAGGAAAAAGAAGAGGAUAGAAAGAAAUCAAGAAAAAAUUCAGGAGCAACAGGUAAGAAAAAAAGAAAGAAUAAGAGUGAGAGAGAUAGUCUCGCUCGAUCGAAGCUUGACUCAUUUCACUUACGUGGCUGAUCGAGCACGAAGUUGUUCCACUUAAACUGAGUCUGACUUAUCGCCAAUAUGUAUCACUUAGCCUACAAGAUUCUCUUUACUUUAUCAACAAGAAUGACUAGUAGUACAUCGAGUAAUAUAUCGCAAGAAACGCCCUGAUGACGUUAUCAGGCUACUUUAAACUUAUUUAGAAAUUACAGGAUAAAUAAAAAACAAGUAUAUAAUACUAUAUUCGAAGUCCUCAUCUUUUUUAGAUUUUAAUGCCGACGCGAAAUCAUCAAGCUUUCGUUAACUAUUCGAAGUUAUGGGGGAGGGAUAGAGAAAAAAAGGAAAAAAAAAAAAAGAAAAUUUGUCUUUUCACUCUAUUAUUGCGUAGAAACCUGAAUGAAAAACACCUGUGUCACUAAACUUGUUUGCGCUUUAUCUCUUAACCGCAAACACGUUGUAGUUCUCGCGACGCAUUACCAGCCAAGAACGAUGUGUGCGUAUCUAAAAUUAGAGGAAGAGAGAGAGAGAAUGAAAAAUAGUGAAAGAAAAAACGAAGUUCGAUUUUUUAUUGUGCUAUUUGACGAAAGCGCAUUCAAUAGAUUUAAAAAAAAAAAAAUGAUCGUUUUCAGAUAUGGAAAAAGCUAUGGUCGUUGUGAUAAUAUUGUUACUAUCUACGGUGACAACCAACGGACUGGAGAUCAAAUAUCUCCGUGGAAUAUCUCUCGAUGAUGCGGAAAAACAAUCAGUGGUUGACAAAGGAAGCGAUCGAAGCCUUGGGAACAAUGUUAAUCGGGAUUUAAUUGAAGAUGAGAACAAAGAAGAUCGUAAAAGCUUCGAUUUGGAACAACCUUCAAUAGCCGUAAUUGGGGAAACCGAUUUGAUGAAAAAGUAUCCAAACAUGGCUAAAUCUAUUCUACAAAGAUCAAAGUGUCCGAGUUUGAAGAUAUUAUUGGAUCUUUCGUCAGAAUGCAACAGAUCGGCACGGAAAUGUAACACUCGGAAGUAUCGUAGGCAAAUCGAGAAAUGGUCGAUUCCACAGCCAUUCUAUGUUGACGAACCAAGAUGGGUCGAAAUCGAGCUCGAUUAUGAAGAGAAUCUACCAUAUUAUUUCAAUAACGAGAAGGACUCUUUUUUCGUGACGCGUGGAAAAAAAAUCUUCAGGCCGAAAAUCGAAGAACAAGAUUUUUCUAAAGCGAAUGAAAAUAAUCGCGAGAAGUUUCUCGAAAAAUCGAACGAAGAGUUCAUUGAGGAUACCAAGAUCAAGAGAAACGAAUCGAAAAGAAAGGAAGAGAGAAGGAAGGCUAUUGAAUUGGGUACUCGUCAAUUGGAAGAGUUGAUACGUAAUUUUGAGAGAACAGAAGAACCAUUUGUUUUAACACGAGGAAAGAAACUUCAUGUUCAGAAUCGCGAAUAUUCAACAUUAGACGAAAAUUUGAAAAAGGAGACAUUAGAAACGAAAUUACUUGAGAAAAUAAAAAAACGUUCAGUAAUCAACGGACCUACGUAUUACAUGACUAUGAUUAAUAAAAAUACAAGUUCUUUUCUAAAUGGAAUGAACAACGUGACUUUGUCCAAAGAACAAUACCGUUUACGAACGAAAAGAAAUUCUUGCGAAAAUUUAGCCUGUCAUAUUGAUGAUUCCAAAAAGAUACGUUUGAUGAAGAAUCUUGAAAGGGCCAUUUCAGAUUCCGAACAAAAGGACAAACGUUCGGACAUUUAUGACAUAUUCGAGGAACCCUUCAUUAUUUUCAAAAACAAAAAGAAAUCAAAGAGUAUAGAUCAACGUAAGUCCAGAAUCAUACCGAUAGAUUAUGACGAAUCGUUCGAUUCUCUCGAGACUGCUAAACAAAUUAUUCAACGAUUGAUCGAUUCUAGAAUAUGCACUAAAGAACAAUGCAAGGAUAUUAUGAAAUUUAUCAUGGAAAAUAAUAUGUUCAUGACUAACAGAGAUCGUAGAAACGUCCUUGACGAAUUGCUCAGAAAAUAUGAUCAGUUUUACGUCGUUAAGGGUAAGAGAACUUAUUCGAGUAAUUCUUUAGAAGAAGAUCGACUCAAAUCCAACGUGGAUUAACGCAGUGAACUCUCUUUGAAAGGUCGUUUAUCCUAUAACAUUAAAAACAUUGAUAAACGUUAAGGAGAUUCUAUCUCGGACAGCAUCAAUUUUAUCUUUAUUUUUUUUUUUUUUUUUGGAAGAUAUUGAAGCAAUGAAAGCAAGAACAUACGAUAAUUUUGAUGACACUUCUGACAAAUGUGUGAACACUAUAGUAGUAAAGUAUACACGGCUGUCACGAAAAGAUUGUAAAAAUAAGAAUAAAUAAGUACUUACUGUUAAGAAA